AUGCUUGUCUCGAACAUUGUCCGACACUGUUUUGUGGCACUGGUCGCGGCCGCCAUCGCCGCCACGGCCACGAUCUGCAUCGAAGCACAUUCCAACUUUGAAAUUGCCAACAGCACCAACAUCGUGGUCAAGUUUCACUCAACGACCAACCAAUGGGGCGUCGCCUUGAUUCAAGCCCUCGCGCUUUGGGCCAAACGCAUCAAGGGCGACAGCGUGCGAUACACCCACGAAGCGUUAAAGUCGAAUUGGCCAAGUGAAUACGGACUCAUCUCCCGGAUAGUUCGACCUGUGCGACAAGACGGACAGUUUUGGGAAUGGUGGUCGGCACAACUCAAGGCAGGGGGUGGCCCCAAUCGCCAAGUGGUUUGCCUGCAAGGACUACACAGACUGGUGCUACCAGCACCGCAUGUGAUCAACAACAGCUGGGGAAUGUAUCGAGGGGCUCAAAACUGGAUGGAACAGGGGUUGGAGUAUGGCGCACCGCCAACUUCGUUCUCGUCAUUUGCGACACACAAGGAUGGCAUCCCCCCACAUUCCUGGCGCCAUGUCGCUGCAUGUGUGGGCCACAAACUCGCCACGUACGAUCAAGUGUACGCUCACUUCCUUCACCAACAACGUGGGUACUGCGACGUUGGGGCUGCCAACUACACUAAAUACUGCGGAUACAUUCCCAACACCGAAUUCCCUAAUAACGCCGUGGACUUUGGUUGUAUCAACGUUCUGAAAGCAGUUACCGCACCCACGAGCUGCCCCCGUUCGACGCGCCCAUCCCCUCCGGCCAAAUGCUCCACCUGGACAGAUGAGUAUCAGUACAAGCCAGGCUCCAAGUCCGCCUGA